UCAAUCUCCAAAGCCACCGGCCACCUUCAUGUUCGAGUCCUUGCUAAUUUAAACCCCCCACUCGCACAUCUUCAAGUCCAUCAAAAACUCCACAAAACACUCUCCUCCUCUCUUCCCAUAUCUUCGAGCAAGACUAUCCAAAUACUCCCAGCUCCAACAAUGGAUCAACUACUAAAAUGCGAUGCAAAUUAUGUUCCUCUCACCCCCAUAACUUUCUUGAAGAGAGCUAAUGCUGUUUAUGCCAACCGUACCUCUGUUAUCUAUGAGGGCACCCGCUUCACAUGGACUCAAACACAUGAACGUUGCUGCCGCCUUGCCGAUUCCCUCCGGUCCCUUAACGUCCGGAAAAACGAUGUCGUGUCUGUGUUGGCUCCAAACAUUCCUGCAGUGUAUGAGAUGCAUUUUGCUGUGCCUAUGGCUGGAGCAGUUCUUAAUACUAUCAACACAAGGCUAGAUGCUAGGAAUAUAGCCACCAUUCUUAGCCAUUCAGGGGCUAAGGUGUUCUUUGUGGAUUACCAAUACAAGGAAUUAGCAAGUAAGGCCCUUAGUUUCCUGGAUGGUGCUGUACCAUCAAUUAUUGCUUGUAUUGACGACAUCGACACACCUACCGGUGUCCAGUUCGGCCAGCUGGAGUAUGAACAGCUUGUCCAGAGGGGCAAUCCAGGAUACACUGGUGAGCUAGUUCAAGAUGAAUGGGAUCCUAUAGCCUUGAAUUAUACAUCAGGAACAACAUCUGCUCCGAAAGGAGUUGUGUAUAGUCACAGAGGUGCUUAUCUUAGCUCUCUUAGCCUAAUUCUUGGAUGGGAAAUGGGAAAUGCACCUGUUUAUCUAUGGUCUCUCCCUAUGUUCCAUUGCAAUGGCUGGACAUUCACUUGGGGUGUCGCGGCACGAGGCGGAACCAACGUUUGCAUACGCAACACCAGUGCUAAAGACAUGUACCAUAACAUUGCCGAACAUGCGGUGACUCACAUGUGCUGUGCACCAAUUGUUUUCAACGUUCUGCUUGAGGCCAGGCCUCAUGAGCGCCGCGAAAUCACUUCCCCGGUUGAAAUACUCACUGGAGGCGCACCCCCACCAGCCUCGUUGCUCCAAGAGAUCGAACGUCUAGGAUUCCACGUGACGCAUGCCUAUGGUCUUACCGAGGCUACUGGUCCAGCACCUGUGUGUGAAUGGCAGAAAAAGUGGAACAAGCUUCCACAGCAGGAUCAGGCAAAACUCAAGGCGAGGCAAGGGAUUAGCAUACUGACUCUUGCUGAUGCAGACGUCAAGGACUUGGACACCAUGGUUAGCGUGCCGCGUGAUGGAAAGACAAUGGGGGAGAUUGUCCUGAGAGGAAGCAGCAUCAUGAAAGGUUACUUCAAGGAUCCCGAGGCAACUUCCAAGGCCUUCAGGAAUGGAUGGUUUGCUACUGGAGAUGUUGGUGUCAUUCAUCCUGAUGGUUACCUGGAAAUCAAGGACAGGUCGAAAGAUGUGAUAAUUUCUGGUGGUGAAAAUAUCAGCAGUGUAGAAUUGGAGUCUGUACUCUACAGACAUCCAAGAGUCCUGGAAGCAGCUGUGGUGGCCAUGCCACAUCCUAAAUGGGGAGAAAGUCCUUGUGCAUUCAUCUCAGUGAAAAAGAACUCCAACGGAGACACGAACGAUGUCAAAGAAUCUGAUAUUAUCGCUUACUGCAAGAAAAACCUUCCCCAUUUUACGGUUCCAAAGAGAGUGGAAUUCAUGGCUGAGUUACCAAAAACCUCAACAGGAAAAAUUCAGAAGUUCCAGUUAAGGGCUUUGGCGCAGAAUUUUGUUGUCAAUGAGAUAUUGCCAAGCAAGAAAAUUACUGGACCCAGCCAACCUUCAGCUUCCGGUCGAGUCAAUACAGAAGUAACAGGAUAUGGUCAGGGCCAUGAACAAGUUCUUGCUCUAUCUCGUCUUUGAACUUCGAAUUCCAUAUUUAAUUAAAAAAUGAAAAAUGAUGUGCACAGGGUGAUUUAAUACGUAAUUUUAUUAAGCUUAAUGAACGUAAUUUCUUCUAUUUA